AAGCAGUGACAAUUAUAUACAUCAGUUUUGACAGCUGUUAGGAAAAAAAUACAAGGUGGUUGUUUGCUGCUGAUACUGCAUGAACAUUUGGUGUAAAUGAACGAUUUUAUUGUUAGAGGAUCCGUACAAGAACUUGGAAGAAAGUCGUAAAAUGGGAAAGAAAUCCGACAGUGAAAUAAAACAUUUUCUGUUCGAAAACCUCACUUUACUCUUGAUUUUCACUGCAUUGUCGCUGUUAUGUCAGCUCACAACCAUUGCGACACCGGGAUGGAUGAAGUUCCAUUUGGAGUUCUACGAUGACGUCAUAGAGUCGUCUGCGACAAACGGGUCCACUGGUACUAUAUCUGACCUGUCGGCAGAAGUAUCGGCUGGACUUUGGUUUUUUUCAUUCUGCUUUGAAGGACAAUACCAAAACGGAACUGAAUUAGCCUGUUUUACAGAAACCUUUGUUGAUUAUGAUAACAAACACCUAUCUAAGUUUCACGUCCAACAUCUUGAAUUACUCAAAGAAUUUUGCUUCAAUGCAUUAAGUGGCCUUUUGGAGUACCAGAUUGAGGCAUCCAUUAGCAUAGCCUGCCUCAUGAUAGGGUUAGUGUCGUUUCUUCUGUACUACAGACCGAAGGUUAUAAGACGGGGAUUUGGCAUUGUAGCAUGCGCUUGUUUUGCAGUUUCAGCUAUCAUGCUAUGGGUAGUUGUUGGUAAGAUAACUACCAUCACCCUCCAGAUGAAGAAGACUUUCCAGUUCCCUGCAGCGGCGAGUCACGUGACUAUUACCGUCCUUAUCCCCUGGUGUCUGAUUGUGGCUGGAGCAGCCGCCUUGAUGACGUCAUUCUCUACCAUAACUUUUCUUGUCUAUCUGGCCCAGGACAAAACACCAGAUAAUAAAUACCACAAGACAGAAAUUCGAGAGCCUAUUUUACAGGACGACCAUCUGCCGUGCUGUUCUCAUAACAAUAACCAUUCAAUACCCAUGACACGUUUUAAGUAAACUUUAGAUCACUUAAGGCUGCAACAUUGGAAAAUUUUAGUAAAAGAAAUGCACUUAAACCGUUUACAAUUUCUUUUUAACGACUUCUUUAACCAAGCAGACUUAAUAUCCACUUAAGAAUGAAUUCUUUAGUGAAAGAAUUGGUAUCCAAAUUGAUUCAAUUGGAGAUGACCUUGAAAAACGUCUGUAUUUGUCCUUUGUGGCAACACAUUUUUCAUUCAGAUAAAAGUACUGAAGCGUUACUAUCUUUCUUAAUCUGUGACGGGAUUUUAAAGACAUCAGAUAGAUUUUUCACUAAUUAAAGAAAAGCAUUGUGUACAUAGUGAUAAGUGAAAUCGUGUAUAUAAAUUUUAUUAAAGUUGUAUAUUGCACUGUACAAUAAAUCAUGUUUCAUGUAAUAUGAAUGCAACAACCCAUGAUGAAUAAAACAAAACCAAAAAGGUUUUUCCUUAAUACAUUAA